GGAAUCCAUGUCUCCACCCCACUACCACUAAAGAGGGAUGUCUAGGGCGGUGUCUAUCUAAUCACCUCUUGUGUCCACAAUUCCUUCGCAUCCCUAGGUGUUCAACGACGUCUGAAUCAUCGGCAAGCUUUGGGCUUCAUCAAUGAAAUUAGAAUCAUCCGUCGCCGCCGACAGCUCCACCACCAUCUCCGCGCCUUCGCAAUCACUGCAAUCUCCUCCGUUGAAAGUCGCGAUUUUGGCUGACCUCAAUGUUGAACCUCCCGAGGCCGACAACCAUGAUUGCCUUCCUACCGCCCUCUCUACACUACCGCCCGACACAACACCGAGGUCCCCUUUGUUCUCAUUUACUACAUCAUAAAUUGGGCGCACUGUAAUUCGGAAGCAACGCGGAAAUAGAACAUCAAUAAACCGAAAUACGAUGAAGAGAUAGUCACUGAUGAUAGGAGUCAGCAUAAGACGAGCAAUUAUGUUGAAGUAAUGGAUGUAGAAGGUAAGCAAAAAAAGUCUGGGAAAUGUCGGUCAAGAAAUGGUAAGGCGGACAGCCCUCUUGAUUGUAAUGGAGCGGAGAUAGAUGCUGAGCAGAACAGUCAAGGAACUUCAUCACGUGAAGAAAAAGUUAGCAGCCUUAAAAAUGGAUUGAUACAUGUUGUGCGGAAAAUGCCUAAGAAUGCUCAUGCUCAUUUUAUACUUGGCUUAAUGUAUCAAAGGAUGGGUCAGCCUCAAAAGGCAUGUUUAGAAUAUGAGAAAGCAGCAGAUAUUUUAGUUCGACCUGAAGAAGUAGUAGACAGACCGGAGUUACUUUGUUUGAUCCAUACACAUCAUGCAGAGUGUAUCUUGCUAGGAACAUUAGAUGAUUGCAGUUCAGGCAAGGAAUUAGAUCCUGUAGAACUGGAGGAGAUUCUUUGUAAACUGAAAGUCUCAAUGCAAGCUGAUGUUAGACAGGCGUCAAUUUGGAACAUUCUUGGCUUAAAACUUUUACGAACUGGUCGUUUGCAGAGUGCUACAGCGGUUCUCUCCAAUUUAUUAGCAAUGGCGCCUAACAACUUGGAUUGCCUUGGAAAUCUUGGACUCACUUAUCUUCAAAGGUGGCAACCAUUCAUAGGCGCAGUGUACAACUGUGUAAGUUUUCUCUUGUCCUGGAUAAGGGAAAUUAGAAGUGAUCAGGCAGGACAAAGCUUUUAAGGCCGGGGCUGCAAGACAUUUCUCAGUUCUCACAGCAUAAUACUGACCAUACGGACACUUCCUGUAGGAGAAAGUUAAGUAAUUGUUGCAGUGGUGGAUAGUCCCUCCAUUUUUUAUGAAAAUGAUGAGAAACCGCAAGUAUUAUCAUAUAAAAAAUAACAUUUUCCUCUCUUUUUUGGGGGUGGGAUGGGGUGGUGGAUUCAUUCAUUUACUCAAACACUCACUUUUUAGCAGUUCAUUUUAUUUAAUUUGCUCAAAUUCAUAAGUAUCUUCUUGACUUCUUGCACUAAUUUUUGUAAAGGCCUUCUAGCCAUAUGCUAUUACUUUUUCAUUUUUCAGUGGGGAUUUAGAUCUUUCAGAGAAAUGCUUCCAAGAUUUAGUAAUGAAAGAUCCAAACCAUCCUGGUGCUUUGGUCAACUUUGCUGCCCUUAUGCUGUGUAAAUAUGGUUCAGUUGUUGCAGGUGCUGGAGCAAAUGCCAAUAGUGUGGCUCUCUCUGAUCAAAUUGCAGCAGUCAACGUUGCCAAGGAGUGUUUGCUAGCAGCUAUCGAUGCAGAUCCCAAAGCAGCUCAUAUAUGGACAAAUCUUGCUAAUGCAUUUUAUUUGACCAGUGAUCACAGAAGUUCAGACAGAUGUUUGGAGAAGGCAGGAAUACUGGAACCUAAUUGUUUAGCCACACGAUUCGCCAUUGGAGUUCACAGAAUCAGGGAUGCUGAGAGGUCUCAGAAUCCUAAUGAGCAAUUAUCUUGGGCUGGAAAUGAAAUGGCUUCAAUAAUUAGAGAAGGCGAUUCUAGCUUGACAGAGUCUCCAGUUGCAUGGGCUGGUCUUGCAAUGGUUCAUAAGGCUCAACAUGAAAUUGCUGCUGGAUUUGAAAUGGAUCAUAAUGAAUUGUCAGAAGUGAAAGAACGCGCCAUUUAUAGUUUAAAGCAGGCUGUUGCAGAAGAUCCUGAAGAUGCCAUUCAUUGGCACCAACUUGGCCUUCAUUUUCUCUGUACCCAGCAGUUUAAAAUGUCACAGAAGUACCUCAAGACUGCAGCUGCAUGCCUUAGGAGCUGCUAUGCCUGGUCAAAUCUUGGUAUCUCAUUGCAACUAUCAGCUGAGCCUUCAUGUGCUGAAGAUGUAUAUAAACAAGCUUUGUUAGUGGCUACCCCUCAACAAGCUCAUACAAUAUUUUCCAACCUGGGUAAUCUCUAUCGUCAGCUAAGAGAUUUUGAGUCUGCCAAGGCAAUGAUAACAAAGUCUCUUGAACUGCAACCCGGUUAUGCACCUGCAUAUAACAACUUAGGUCUUGUUUUUGUUGCUGAGGGCAAGUGGGAUGAUGCAAAGUUCUGCUUCGAUCAGGCAAUCCUGCAUGAUCCACUACUGGAUUCAGCUAAGUCCAACAUGAUUAAAGCCAUGAACAUGCAGAGGAUGUACACCAGCAUGUCCUCGUAUCUAUGAUUUGUAAAUUGUGUUAGACUUGAAAAAUAAUAUUUGCCGUGUUGUACGUAAAAUAGGAGUCAGGUGAAGUACAUUGGUUUCUUGCACAUAUAGAUCGGUUCCUGUAAUCCUGUACCGGAACUGGGGAGUAAAGUGCAUGAUCUGGAACCAUUACUUAGAAUUCGUUCAAGCUGGGUAGAAUCCGGGUUUUCAUGUGUUCAUAGCCGGGAGUCCGGGACUGGUCAGCAGCUGGCCUGGGUUCACAUCUAGGGAUGGACCGUGAUGGGACCGAGCCGGGACUGGGCGGGCUUCGGGCUUAAAGAUUUCAGGACUGGUACCGGCCCAGGUUUGUAACGGGACCGGGUCGGGCCAGGCUCAAACAGUACCGGGUCGGGUUGGGCAUUGGGACGGGGCUGGGCAUUCAAUUAAAAAAUCAGUGCAGUCAGGCCCGGACCGGGCCCAAAAAAUCAAGCCCGAAGCCUUCCCUUACAGUCACCGGGCUGGGCCUAAGGCCGGUCCUAAACAAUAUCGGGUCGGGCUGAGCCUAAGGCCGGUCCUAAACAAUAUCGGGUCGGGCUGAGCCUAAGGCCGGUCCUAAACAAUAUCGGGUCGGGCUGAGCCAUCCCAGUCCAUCCCUAUUCCCAUCCCAUUUGGAUAUUUUUUAGGCUUUCAAGGGCUAAUUAUGUAAGUGUAACAUGAUUGAUACAUCAUGUAUGGAGUAUAUUAUAUUUAUCCUCAUUUCAGUA